AUGGCCCUCUGGACGCAGGAGAAAAGCAGUCGGGCGCAGUGGGAAGCGGCGGCGAAUGCGAGGGACGGCCAGCGCGCGCAGCUGCAGGACCUGAUCAUGCGCGUCGACGCGGCGCUGCCUGGCAAGGCGCGCGCGCAGGUGCGCGCGGCAGCCCGCGACGCGCUCGAUGCGCAGGCCGCCGAGGCCGCCGCGGCCGCUGCGGCUGCGGCUGCGGCUGCGGUGGCGGCCGCUGCGGCGGCUGCGGCCACGCAGGCAGCCGCCGGGGCGGCCGCGUGCGCGCAGGACGCAGAGGAGCAGCCUGGCGGCGCCGACGGCGGCAUGGCGGCGGUGCAGGCGUCGGCCGGUGUGUUUGGGGGUGGGAACCAGGAUAGCGUGAUGUUGUGCACGACAGCGAUGGUCGCAGCCAGCCGGCUGUUUGUGCCGGCGGGGCAGCGCGUGGCUUUCGGGGGCCGCCCCGCUGAGCAGCAGCUGCUGGCGUGGAUGGCGGGCGCGGCGACCCCGCCGCGGGCGUCGGUUGUGCAGCAGCUGCCAGUGCAGCAGUCGCCUCAGCAGCAGCAGUCGCAGCUGGUGCAGGUGUCUUGCGAGGGGCCACGCCACCUGACACUGCCGCAGCAGCGGCAGCUGCUGCAGCGGCUCCAGCAGCAACAGCAGCAGGCGCAUGCCUUCGCCCUCAACGCAAGCUGGCAGCAGUUUCAGCAAGAGGGGUACCGUAGCGGGCCAGAGGCGCCCACCGGCGGCCGUCCCCGCAGGGCCGCAGGCGCCUGUAUGGGCGCCUCUCGGGGUGCGAGCGAGGCGGCGGCGCAGCCGGCGGUUCUGGAAGUGUUCGAGACAGGCUCCCACCACCAGGGCAGUGGGAAUGCUGCCGGCGCGGCUGUGGCAGCGCGUGCUGAGGAGCCCGCAGCUACUGUGGGCCUGGAGGCGGCGGCGGCGGCGAGGGGCAUUGUCCUGGAGCGGGGAGGUAGGAGCAGCCCAAGCAGCGGCGCGGCCGCGGGCGACGAGCAGGGGUCAUCCAUGGCCGCAGCGGCGGGCGCGGCGGCCGAGGCGCUGGCUGAGGCCCGGCGGCGCUCGCGGCGCAGCACGCUGGCGCGCUGGGGGGGCGGCGUGGCUGCGGCUUUUUGCUGCGGCGCGCUGCUUGCGCUCUGCCGGGCGCGCCGGCGCUGA